GCUUUUUGUGCAUGUCUCUAAAAAGCGUUGAUGUGGAAAGAAGCAGCAGCAGUGUGGGGGGAAACGGCAGCUUUUCUAAAAAUACUGAGGGCAUGCAGGAGUGUGAGCAGGCUGGGGAGGAGGAGGAGGGUGUGAGAGUGCCUUGCACCAUGUUUUCUGGAUGCCAGCUGGGUGCAGUUUUGGAAAUGUCCCUCCUCUGAAUGGAGGCACCAUGAACAUUUGGGAAGUGAUCCUGGCUUUCUUGAUUGUGGUGCUCAUCCUUGUCUCGUUGCUGUCCAAUGUGCUGGUGCUGAUCUGCUUUUUGUACAGCUCAGAUAUCCGCAAGCAAGUCCCGGGAUUGUUUAUCCUCAACUUGACCUUCUGCAACUUGUUGAUGACUGUGCUGAACAUGCCCCUGACCCUCGUUGGGAUCAUUUACAAGAAUCCACCAGGAGGAGACCAGCUUUGCCAUAUGGUUGGUUUUCUGGAGACUUUCUUGACCACCAACUCCAUGCUGAGCAUGGCAGCACUCAGCAUUGACCGGUGGAUAGCAGUGGUUUUUCCUUUGAACUAUCAUUCCAAGAUGCGCUACAAAGAUGCUGCUCUCAUAUUGAGCUACACGUGGUUGCAUUCUGUGUCUUUCCCUAUAGUGGCAACUUCUCUUUCUUGGGUAGGGUUCCAUCACCUUUAUGCCUCUUGCACCCUGUAUAACAAGAAAGUGGAGGACAGGACACAGUUUAUGAUUUUCACUGGAGUCUUUCAUUCCUUCAGCUUCCUUCUCUCACUUGUAGUCUUGUGUUUCACGUAUCUCAAAGUGCUGAAGGUGGCACGCUUUCACUGUAAAAGGAUUGACGUGAUAACUAUGCAGACCCUUGUGCUGCUUGUGGACAUCCAUCCCAGUGUAAGAGAGCGAUGUCUAGAAGAACAGAAGAGGAGGAGACAACGAGCAACUAAGAAGAUCAGUACAUUUAUUGGGACUUUUGUACUUUGUUUUGCACCAUAUGUAAUCACAAGACUGGUAGAACUGUCAUCAGUAGUUUCCAUCAGCGCACACUGGGGAGUCAUUUCCAAGUGUUUGGCUUUUAGCAAGGCUGUUUCAGAUCCCUUUGUGUACUCUUUGUUACGGCAUCAGUACAAGAAGACAUGGAAGGACAUCAUAAACAAAAUGUUAAAAAGAAGCUCAAUAAAUUCAUCCGCCCUCACAAGCGAAUCACAAAGUCGAAACAUUUUGCAACCAAAUGAAUGAAGAUUGAACUACUUAUUCAAUGUAGCCUAAUACUGGUGGACAGAAGUCGAGGAACCAUAGCUGGUGCCCUUAGGAACAUGAACUCACAGUAUUUUGGAAAGCCUGCCUUUUAAAUCUUCAGCAACUUAGGUAAUGAAUUUCUUCACAAAGUUGGGCUGCCUUUUAAUGCUGAUAUACAAUCACCUCUAUAAAACUCCCUGCCAAUUUCAUGAAAUCUGUAUAUACCUGUCCACAAAGGCAAAAUCCUAUCUUUAUCCAGGGCUGACAGGAUAUGGAUAAUGUUAAAGGAUUAUGCUUAUAUAAAACAUAUCCAAGGGCAGCCAUGUUGGCCAUGUAGCUGUUAUUGGAUUAUGCUUAUAUAUCUCCAUUUCCAGCUCAUUCCACAAGAAAAGCCCGCUAAAAUAAGUUUGAAUCUUGGUACGAGUUUUGAUGUGUGACAGCAAUUGCCACCUGCUAACAUGUGACCCUAGAAACUAUAUGAUCAGUUAUAGACAAUCACUCCUGAUUCUUCCUGAAAUUUACUUUCUUUGGCCAGUCUUAAUUUUACACAAACCUAUUAGAUCAGAAUCUUAGGAUUCAUCCACUGCUUCAACAUUUCUGAUAGUUUUGCUAUGAGCAAGUGUACAGAAAGAAACUACUGUUAUUAGUUCAGUGUUCAUUACCUUGUGAUGAUGAAGAGCAAUUGCUUUUCCAUGUCAAACACGUCCCACAUCUAGGACAAACCUAGGUGACUUGAUUUUAAGUAUUAAGCACACUGCCACAGUAUUUCCAGUUUCUCCAGCUAUACGGGCUUUGGUGACCACCAUAUUGGUGGUUGACCACUAAAUUACAUAAAAUAGUCCGCAGUCUACAUGUGUGUGUUGGGAGAAAGGUUCUAGUCUUUCUACAAGACAUUGCUGAUCAUCCUCAGCUGUGUGUUACACUGCUAUGCCAAAAGAGCAGAAUGUUGCAUUUCAUCAUUUUGCCCAAAUUGUUUCCACGUUGCAAUGAUUUUCUGACUGUGAAAAUACCUAAAGUGUUGUUGCAUUAAAGUGUCAGUGUUUAAUGUCUACAGUGCUCUGGCUUGCAUAGGCUGCUGGCAGUCUAGAAUGUAGUGCUCUUCACAAUGCAAUAGCUAACAUGUUUCCUGUCUGACCAUGAAGCCUUUUAUUGGCUGCCUCAAGAAAUGCGUACAGAAUUGUUAUAUAAGACUCCUUGUUCAAUGCUGAGAACUGGAAAAAUGUUUGUGCAGAUGUCAUAGAGAUCAUACUAGCAAAAUUCAUUUUUAGAUUAAGACAAUACAGUGCACCUGCAUCAUAAACGGCUUUUAGUAUAUGCUGAAAGCCGUGUGGGGAGGAAGGGGUGACGUGUCCCAUAGGGAGUAAUGGGGUGCACACCUGUGGCAUGUGCGCACUGCCGCACUGCCAUGCCGCUGUGUGCACAAACCUCAUUCAUUUAAAUGGGGCUCGAGCAUGUGCAGAAUUUGCUUUACACGGGGGAGUCCAGAAUGGAUCCCCCACAUAAAGUAAGGGCGCACUGUAUAUGAGAUUUUAAAAAAAAAAUUACGUAUGAAAGUAAGUUAUAAUUCAUUUUUCAGAGAAAACACUAAAAUGUUGUUGCAAGUGACCAAAAUGUCUCAAUGUUAGUUUCCAAUUUUUAAAAAAGUUCUGAAAAUAUAAAAUGAAAGAGGGAUAUAUUCUCUUUCAUCUUCUGCCUAUUCUUAAGAGGGGAAAUACCAUUACUGCUGCUUUUCCUUCUCCUACAAACCUCUGCCUUGGUUGUAGAUUGCUAUAUAUGCCUAAAGGUGUACAAUAAAGGAAGGGCUGUACCAGGCGUCAUAUAUUUAUCAAGAACUUAGCACAAAAUCAUGAAAUACAAAUGCCACAUCUAAACUCUAUUUGUCAUAUGCCAUUCUAUACAA